GGCCACUCUGGACUCUGCACCCGCGGGUGUGUGCGUCCUGCUUCCUGGCGGGCUGUUUAGUCCCCCUCCGCCGGUUCAUGGAGGGGGCCAGUCCCCCAUCUCCAGGAGGUGAGCUGGAGCUCUCGGUGAUCCAAGGGCAGCCAGACGAGCAGACGCCUCUCAACGGAGCCGUCCAGGGCAUCCUUUCUUCAGCCGAGGAGCCCUGCCCAGAACCCCAGGCUGACAAGGAAAGCCCUUGGAGCUCCUGUAAUAAGAAGUUGAUUGGAAAGUGCAAACUCUGGAUGGUCCUCGCCUCUAUUUUCCUGAGUUUCAUUAUAGUCAUCAUCAUAAGCUUAUGUCUAACUGGAGUAACUUAUAUUGAUGAAGAUGAAAAUGAAAUACUUGAAUUGUCAUCAAAUGAAACAUUCUCGGUCAUGCUAAAGAUUCCAGAGGAGUGUGUUUCUGAAGAGGAAUUACCUGACAUGCUCCAGAAGCGGGUGACACACGUGUACAGUGAUUCACCAGCUCUGAACCGCUAUUUCACUUCGGUUGAAGUCAUGGACUUCAGAAUUAUGAAGGUUGAUCUAUGUCUGACAGCAGCACUCUGCUGGACUUUGGGAUGCCGAGAGUUCAUUCCACUUUACAGGAGAGACCCUGAGAAUUAACAGAGGACUCAAAAUGACUGGAGGCGUGGAGGCGUCCUCUUUCUCCAGCUUCUGCACAGUCACAGAGUCUGGUUCGGUGUCUAACUAAGCAGUACUCCAGCGGUGCCCCAGCUGGGUCUAGAGACGGUGGGGUGAUGGGGCGGCUGGCAGAUCUGCAGGGGGAGGUCCCUCCACCCACAAUGGACACUUUCUUUUUAGGGCAAGGGGUUCUUUCAGGCAGGAUCCCGCCAACCUGGGCUAGAGGAGAGACAACAGGGAGAAGCCAAGCGAGGGGGAGUUCAGCCAGUCGCUCUCCUCCCUCCCAAACCUACAUUUGAUCUACCUCCAGACAAGGCUGUGGGGAAAAGGCAUGCACUUUGUCAAAGGUAAUUAACACUGUUUGUGUCUACUUCCAAGAUGCGUAGACUUGCCACAUAUCAGGAAACCAGCCUUGGCACAUCACCUGAUGUUAUUGCGUUAUGUAGCACUACAGAAAUGAAAUGUUUCUUAAUUAUUUCCCUGCAUAAUUACUGUGACUCCCGAACACCUCUUUAGAAGACAUGGGUCCCUGUGAAUUUUGAACACACGACUCUUCAUUUUGGAUAGUUUGUCCAUUUAUAUUUUCAUCAGCUUCCAUCAGACAGUCAUUAAGACUGCUUACCGUCUGCUGGAGGUAGUUCAUGUUGACUUUUUGUUGUCUGGGUUCCCUAGCCUUCCUGUAGGACUCAGUGUCUUCAAGCACUGAUUAUGUAUCUUAUUGAAGAUGAUUGUGAAAUAGGAAGAACCACUCUCAGAACUAAACUGCUGGAAGUUUAAUGCCAGAUCCUUUGGCAGGUGAGGAUUGGAGGGAACAAGAGGGACUGUUUUGGUCACCUACAGACAUAGAAUUACCUGUCAAGAGGGUCUUGUUAGGAAAAUGACGUUGCUGGAAAUUUUCCAGGAGAGUUCUGUGGUCAUGUAAUGAGAGGUUCAUAGCCUCAGGAUCUCAGCUGACCCUGGUGGAUGAUGUGUGUGUGUGGGGAGGCAGCUGUGUGUGGGGAUGUGUCAGAGUGUGCAUCUCAGGCUAGGUUUGUUGAGCUCUUUAUGACCCAGGACUCUGGAUAAUGUGAAUGUGCUUUGUUAGUUAACUGGAAGAUAUGUUUAUUGUAACUCGGUGUCUCAUUUUUGAGCAUAGUUCCUCAAACUAGUGAAACAGGUGAAUUUCCCUUCUUCCUCUUUAUAUUUUAUGUGUCAAACCUAAGCCUUCAUGUUUGUACUUUUAAGAAAAUAAUGAAGAACUUCUUUGGAGAGGAGUUAAAAUAUUGACAAUAAAUUAUUUUUGCUUCC